AUGGUUCGUUUCUUUGUUAGAUCAUGUUUGAUCUCUUUUUUUGUAUUGCUGUUCCUUUUAUCUGUUGCAUCCUCCAAUAGAGUUGUGAAAGUAAAAGAUAUUUGCUUUUGGGCCGAAAACCCUUCAUUUUGUUCAAGUCUUCUUAACUCGAAGCCUGGGGGAGCAGAUGGUGCAGACCUCGUUAGCCUUGCCCAAUACAGUAUUGACAUAGUUCAUGCCAAUGUCACUAAUACAAUCAACUUGAUCAAUUCGUUGAUCGCACAUAGUACUACCGAUCCUAAGGCUAGAGACCACUACAUAAUGUGUUUGUCACGUUUUGGUUAUGAGGGUGCCCUUGGUGAUGUUGAACACACUCAACGGAUGUUGAGAUCGGGAAAUUACUUUGGCAUGAGCGUGGGUGCGAAUGAUAUCACUGGACACAUUGAUGGUUGUAUUAGAGAGGGGUCACAAUCUGGUCCUCCUUAUCAUGAUAUGUCCUUGCUCCCCAAAUAUGGUAGUGUUGUCGAACAAGUUGCUCAGAUAAUUCUCAUGAUAUCAAAUUUUUUGAUGAAUUCUAAUUAG